AGGCACUCUAGGGAAAUAAAAAUACUGUCCAAACAGUCCUAUCCCCAAAAGCUUUCGAUCUAAGGGUAUGUCUACAUUAUAGUGCUGCAGUGUAGAUGCUUCCUGUCAGUGGAAGGGGCUUUUCUGUGGAUAUAGGUAAUCCACCUCUCUGAGGCAUGUUUGACACUACACAGUUAGGCUACCGUAAGGCAGUUUAGGUCAAACUAACUCUGCGCGUCUACACUAAAAUGUAACUCCCACCGAUAUAACUCACCCACUACACUGACUUAAUAACUCCACCUCCAUGGGAGGCGUAAUGAUUAAGUCACUGUAGUUGGGUCGAUACAGCUUCUGUGUAGACACUGUUGCUUACAUCGACUAUCAGAAACCAUCCCACAACGUCCCACGCUGGCAGCUAAAUUGGUGCAAGCGCUUCUGGUGAAGACAUGUGCCACUGAUGAGUAUAAAACCGAUUCAAUUACUGCAGUGGCUGUAUGUUGAUGUAACCGAUCAACUUAAUUUUGUAGUGUAGACUUGCCCGGAGAGGCAAUAACUAAAGAGACAGAAUAAUUCCAUCAACCUAGCUGCCUCUACAAGGGAGGUUAGGUUGACCUAACUGCAUUGCUGGGGCACAGUUUUUCACAGCCCUGAUUGAUGUAGCUAAGUCGAUCUAAGUUUUAGGUGUAGACCAGGCCUUAGCUAGACUUGCAUGGGGUCUGGUGACAACUGACAAGGGAGGGAAUGGAAUAAGAUCACAAAGCCAGCCAUGAGCAGUGAUUUCUCCAUAGAGUUUGAAGGGGGAUAAUUGCAUGUUGUUUUGGGUUGUUCCCUGAGAGUCAGAUGAGGAUUGUAAAUUAGGUGUUUUUUGUCGUGCUGCAGCACAGGUCCAGCUGCAGUAACGUUGUGAUCUGCGGUGUGACUACUGGGCCGAUACUCUGGCAGAGCCAAUGCUAGAUCUGGAAGUGGUUCCCGAGCGAUCUCUUGGGAAUGAACAAUGGGAAUUCACCUUGGGAAUGCCAUUGGCUCAAGCUGUAGCAAUUCUUCAGAAACACUGUCGUAUUAUCAAAAACGUCCAGGUUCUCUACAGUGAGCAGUCUCCUCUUAGCCAUGACCUCAUCCUUAACCUGACUCAGGACGGAAUCAAACUGCUGUUUGAUGCUUUCAAUCAGAGACUUAAGGUGAUUGAAGUUUAUGACUUGACUAAGGUGAAGUUAAAAUAUUGUGGUGUCCAUUUUAACUCUCAGGCAAUUGCUCCAACCAUAGAACAGAUUGAUCAGUCAUUUGGAGCAACACAUCCAGGAGUGUACAACUCAGCUGAACAACUCUUUCACCUCAAUUUCAGAGGGCUGUCUUUUUCUUUUCAAUUGGACUCAUGGGCUGAAACUCCAAAGUACGAGCCUAACUUUGCUCAUGGCCUAGCUUCUCUGCAAAUUCCUCAUGGUGCAACUGUGAAACGAAUGUACAUCUACAAUGGAAACAGCCUGCAGGAUACCAAGGCUCCCCUCAUGCCCCUCAGCUGUUUCCUUGGUAACGUGUAUGCAGAGAAUGUUGAUGUUCUGAGAGAUGGAACUGGACCCUCAGGUUUACGGCUCCGCUUACUCACUGCAGGCUGUGGCCCAGGUGUAUUAGCUGAUGCCAAGAUGCGGGUAUUUGAGCGCUGUGUGUACUUUGGUGAUUCAUGCCAAGAUGUUCUGAGCACUUUGGGGUCUCCGCACAAAGUCUUUUACAAGUCAGAAGACAAGAUGAAAAUUCAUUCACCCUCCCCCCAUAAGCAGGUUCCAUCAAAGUGCAAUGACUACUUUUUUAAUUACUUCACACUUGGAGUGGAUAUUCUUUUUGAUGCAAAUACUCACAAGGUGAAGAAAUUUGUCCUGCAUACAAAUUAUCCUGGUCAUUACAACUUUAACAUAUACCAUCGUUGUGAAUUCAAGAUUCCACUAGCCGUUAAGCGAGAUAGUGCGGAUUCACAGACUGAAACAUGCACAACGUACAGCAAGUGGGAUAGUAUUCAGGAUCUUCUGGGACAUCCUGUGGAAAAGCCAGUGGUACUUCAUAGGUCAUCCUCUCCAAACAAUACUAACCCAUUUGGAUCAACGUUUUGUUUUGGACUGCAGCGAAUGAUCUUUGAGGUGAUGCAGAAUAAUCACAUCGCAUCUGUUACUUUGUAUGGCCCAGCAAGGCCCAGCAGCCAGCUGAGAACGUCGGACCUUCCUCAAUGAAGCAUCACCUUCAAAAUCAGCUAAUCUAAAUGCUACAAAACUAGUACAGCGUGCCUUGAUUUACUGCCACUUAUAUGGAAAGCAUGGUAUGAUUUUUUUUUCAAAAUAAAAUUCCUCCCGUCCAUGCGUGGUGCGGAGGGGAAAUUCUCUCAACCCUUCAUCAUAAGGCAUGGAACUAGUGAUGGAGGAAAGCAGCUAGAUGCCUGUGUUGUCAUUUUACUCCUCUCGGUUGGCCGUCUCCUACGCAGCACAGACCUGAAGAGACUGUCUAUCCUUCCUGAGCUGGCAGAAGGAGCAUUAAUGACUGCAAGAGUUAGAAGCACAAACUUUCUGAGCCUUGGAGCAUCUGGAAACAGGUAUUGAUAUUAGUCUGUGUUUGUGUUACUGUAUUGAUGUGGUGAUCCUAUUUUACGAAACCGUGUGUGUGUGUGUGUGUGUGUGUCUGUCUGUGUGUCUGUACACACACACACACACAAAUAUAAACACGUCGAUAUUUCUGUGGCUGAGAACACGGUACCAAGUGUGACAAGGGUGUAUAUAUGUCCAGGAUUUCAGGCACCACAUCUUUGUGUAACUUUGGAACAAGCAAGUAGCAUGUGCAUAAUACUUGGUUGUGUAACAUUUGCACUACAUACACUUUAAUUACUUGAUACACGUUAUCUUCACUGAGGAGCAUCUGUGUACGGGGUGUGAUGGUUAUUUAAUGUCCGCUGUGCAGUAAGCUUAUUUAUGUGGUGGAUUGAUGAAAAGUCCACCUUCCUGCACUAAUAUUUACUUGACAUGCUGAAGCAAUUGUUUUUCUGCCAUGCCUGGUUUACUAACUUUUUUUUCAUAUGCCGUUUCCCAAAAAAACAAAAAUCUGGAAGAGAUUAUUCCUAUGACUGAAAGAGGGUUUUUUUAUACCAUUUUUCUUCAUACUUAAAAAUUUAAAAAAACUACAUCCUGUAAAAGAAAAUGCAGUUGUCUCAUCUACAGAUGUACUGGAAUAUGUUUGUUCCAAACCCCUAGCUCCUCCCUAUUUCCUGUAGAAAAGGAGAAAGGAAAGAGAAUUUGUAGUGAGUAUGUAGAUUAUUGAAAGAAAAAUUCCCCAACUCCUCCAGCAUCAAGAAACCUCUUCCCAUGUCUUCUGAACUAUAACUUUUAUUUAAUGCCAAAGUUUUAGCCAAAGACAUCCUCAAUCUAGUUUCACCAUCUCUGUAUAUAUAAUCUAACUGCACACCCCACCCCCAGGAAACAGGAUAUAGGCUUUUCUCUAGUCAGGAAAUGCUGCUCACUGCAUUUUAUCUCAAGUGGAUGCUUUGGGUUUGUAGUUGUCUUACAGUCUUAUUGGGGAAAAUAGUGUGUGUUCUUUGAAAUAUUAACCCUUUUUAAAAAUGGAAAGAGAAAUGCAUAAUUUUGUCCCAUUUUUAAUAUUUUGGUGUAGCAAGUUGUGAUACAUAGGCAACGAUUUUGUGAGUUUUACGAUGUGUGUACAGAUUUUGUAAAUAUGACAUUUUUGUAAUUAACGCCAUGUACAGUGUAAUCCUGUAUAGUUUAUCAGUGAAUGGGAGAUAGGAAAUAGAAUGUUAACUAGUGUUUUGGAUCCUGGACCAGUAGCAGGGAUAAAUGUGGUUUGGUGUGUGUGUGAGUGUGAGAGUUUGUGCAUAUGAUAUUCUUUGCCAUUUAGUCUUCCUGUAUACUGUGACAUUCUGGAGUGUU